AUGUCCGCAGGCACUCUCUACGCUGCCUCUGAGCUUGAGAGCAAGCGCAUCCGCGCGAUUGCUGCCUUCGCCGGCCUCUCCAUCGACGUGAAGGAGGGCGGCGACGUCGUCAAGACCCCGACGCUCCAGACCGCGGACGGCGUCAAGAUCUUUGAGGCUGCUGCCAUUGGCCGCUACCUCGCUUCCCUGGCCCCCAACUCCACUCUCAUUUCCUCUGAGGCCAAAGAAGCCGCCAUUGUCGACCAGUGGGUUGCCUUCACCGAUGCCUCGAUCGCCAGCCCCACGUCUUUCGUUCUCAAGCUCGUCAAGGGCGCCAUCACUCCCUACAACAAGCCCAUCCACACCUCCCUUACCGACGGCGUUGUUGCCGCCCUCACCAUCCUCGAGAAGACGCUCGUCACCCGCACUUUCCUCGCAUCAGAACGUGCCUCUCUCGCCGACAUCACCCUCGCCGCUGAGCUCCAGGAGGCGCUUACCACCAUCAUUGACGCUCCCACGCGCGCCAAGUUCCCCAACGUUGUCCGCCACUUCGAGACGGUCGUGAACCAGCCUUCCGUCAAGGAGGUCUUCGGCUCCACGUCAUACGCCGAGAAGGCUGUCGCCUACGCACCCCCGCCGAAGGAGAAGAAGGAGCCCAAGGCGGAGGCGCCCAAGCCCAAGGCUGCGCCCAAGCCGAAGGCCGCUGAGGAGGACGAUGAUGAGGACAAGCCGGUUGAGGAGCCCAAGGCGAAGAACCCGCUCGACUCGCUCCCCAAGUCCACGUUCAACCUCGAGGACUGGAAGCGCGCCUACUCCAACAUGGACACGCGCGGUGCUGAUGGCGCCAUCGAAUGGUUCUACAAGAACUUCGACAAGGAGGGCUUCUCCGUCUGGCGCGUCGACUUCAAGUACCCGACUGAGUUGACGCAGACAUUCAUGUCUUCCAACCUCAUCGGUGGCUUUUUCAACCGCCUCGAGGCUUCGCGCAAGUACCUCUUCGGCUCGAUGGGUGUCCUUGGAAAGACCAACGACUCGCUCAUCUCUGGCGCACUCAUCGCCCGCGGCCAGGACAUCAAGCCCGUCGUUGACGUUGCGCCCGACUACGAGAGCUACGAGUACAAGAAACUCGACCUCUCGAACGAGGAGGACAAGAAGUUCUUCGAGGCGGCGCUUGCUUGGGACCUGGAGAUUGAAGGCAAGGCCUGGGUUGACGGCAAGAACUUCAAGUAA